CGGCUGUAGCAAGUUUACAGCACAACAGCUCCUUACAUUUGCCUAUGAGGUAGCUUGUGGGAUGACACAUAUAGCGAAACUGGGGUACCUCCACCGAGACCUGGCAACCCGCAAUGUGCUCGUGGACGAACAUUUCACUUGUAAAAUAUCAGACUUCGGUUUGGCGCGAGAUGUCAGCCUGAUUCGAGAAUACGAGAGCCGGUCACAGGGUUUCCUACCUCUCCGCUGGAUGGCGCUCGAAUCAAUCAAGGACAGCGUGUACACCACCCACAGCGAUGUGUGGUCUUUUGGUAUUCUUAUGUGGGAGAUAGUGACUUUGGGCUGCACUCCCUACCCAGGCAUAUCCAGUAUGAUACUACGACAACAACUGGAGAAUGGUUACCGUAUGAUGAGACCUAAACACUGCACAUAUGAGGUGUACCGCAUCAUGUACCGCUGUUGGAGAGAGCCACCGGCAUUUCGCCCUUCGUUCAAAGAGUUGUGCCAACAGUUGGAAGAUCUGAUCUCUAAGGCCCAGAACUAUGUGGACUUGGUCAAUAUAGAUGAAAGGCUUUUCAAGGGCCUAACACGGUGUAUUCCUGGUGAAAAAUACUAGUUGCGGACUAGUUACUGGGUAUUUUAUCGAAAAGUGCAAAUGACUUCUGGAAAAUUACUACUGUAUGAUUUUUUCAGUUCAACAAUCGGUGAUCAUCGGGUGAGAGCAAUUUACCUGACUUCCAAUUUCAGUGGAAUUCUUUUUGGAUAUAAGUGCCUUU